AUGAGCUGGCAACGGCUCUCAUUCGAUGACCCUGCAUCAGCUAUAUCUUCGACAGAUGAUAAGUUUAGCGUUCUGCGAUUGAUGCCCAAAAACAAGGAUCAGUUCCUACGCAUUCAACAACUGUACAACAACGCUUCCAGUCUUAAUCUAAACUUCUGGAAAUCAUCAAAGGACGAGAAUGGAUUCUGGGACGUCAUGGUGUCUGAAUCAGGCAUGAAAAACAUCUUACAAUAUCUAGAUAGCGACAAAAUAUCUUUCAUCAAGACGAUUGAGGAUGUAGAGGGUUUGAUUCGUUCGAAAGAGCAAAAGCCACAUGAACGACGACUGAAAGAUGAGUCUGGAGGAAAUUCAUAUGAUCUCACACAUUACGGUUCUUAUCCUCAGAUGACAGCGUGGAUGAGAGAAUUAGCUAAGAAAUAUCCUGAUAUUGUUCAAUUCAUAUCAAUCGGAACUACUCAUGAGGGACGGUCAAUUGAUGGUGUUGAGAUCGGUACCCGAGACCCUAAUAAGAAGCUUUUCUGGAUUGAUGGUGGUAUUCAUGCCAGAGAGUGGGCAGCUCCACAUACAGCUCUUUACUUCAUUCAUCAGCUGACAUCUCGCUAUAACAGUGAUCCUGAAAUAAGAAAUAUGCUCCAAAAAAUUACUUUUGUUAUUGUGCCAUGUGUUAACCCGGACGGAUAUGAGUUCACGAGAUCAUCCAGCAACCCUCACAUUCGGUUGUGGAGAAAGAACAGAUCUAAGAUGCAAUGUCGCAAAGAUUCUUGGGGACGCAAUCGUUGCUGCCGUGGAGUUGACUUGAAUCGUAACUUCAACUUCCACUUUAAAGAGAGUGGAUCAAGUGACGAUCCAUGCUCUGAGAUAUAUCAAGGAACCGGAGCUUUCAGUGAACCAGAAACGAAAGCCAUCCGUGAUGCUAUUUUAUCUCGUCGUUAUGCUGGUCGUAUUGAAGGAUUCAUUACAUUGCAUACUUAUUCUCAAAUUUGGAUACAUCCAUAUGGACAUAAAAAGGAUAGUUAUCCUGGAGAUAUUCAAGAAUUAUACGAUGUUGGAAAAAAGGCUGCCAAAGCUCUGCAAAACGUCUACGGCACGAAAUAUAUCGUUGGAAGUGGAGCCGAUACUUUGUAUCCGGCAUCUGGCGGUUCUGAAGAUUGGACGAAAUAUGUUGCUAAGGUGAAGUAUGUAUACUUGCUAGAGCUUCGUCCUGACGAGAAAAACUGGGAUGGUUUCAUUCUGGACGAGAAGGAGCUUAUUCCUACAGCACGCGAAACAUGGGAAGGAGUGAAAGUUGUUGCUCGCGCAAUCGUCGAAAAUAAAAAUACUACAACAGUUGCGCCUACGACUAAGAAAUAUCGUUUUGGUAAUGGUAGCGAAGGCUCAUGCUAUGAUCUCCGACAUGCUUGCAAGCGUUGGGUUGCCGAACGUGAGCAGCUUUGCAAUACGGUCCCUAUAUUCAUGCGGGAGAAUUGUGCUUACUCAUGUGGAUAUUGUUAG